AACUGCCAUGCACUCUGCUUCCAGUAUGCUAGGAGCUGUGAAAAUGGAAGGACACGAACAUUCAGACUGGAGCAGCUACUACACCGAACCAGAGGCUUACUCGUCAGUAGGCAACAUGAACGCUGGACUAAGCAUGAACACCAUGAACACAUACAUGAGCAUGCAGGCUAUGAGUUCCACGGCUAACAUGACGGCAAACUCCAUGAACAUGUCCUAUGUCAACACUGGAAUGAGCCCGUCUUUGACUGGCAUGUCUCCUGGCACCGGUGCCAUGGCCGGUAUGGGUUCAGGUGUAGCCAGCAUGGCCACCCACCUGAGCCCAAGCAUGAGCCCCAUGAGCGCCCAGGCUACAUCCAUGAACGCCCUGGCACCUUACACCAACAUCAAUUCCAUGAGCCCUAUCUAUGGACAGUCCAACAUCAACCGGUCCAGGGAUCCUAAGACUUACAGGAGGAGUUACACCCAUGCCAAGCCGCCAUACUCUUACAUCUCGCUCAUCACCAUGGCCAUCCAGCAGUCUCCUAAUAAAAUGUUGACCUUGAGUGAGAUCUACCAGUGGAUCAUGGACCUGUUCCCUUUCUACAGGCAGAAUCAGCAGCGCUGGCAAAACUCCAUCCGCCAUUCCUUGUCCUUUAAUGACUGUUUCCUCAAGGUGCCCAGAUCUCCAGAUAAGCCGGGCAAGGGCUCUUUUUGGACUCUCCACCCAGACUCGGGGAACAUGUUUGAGAACGGAUGCUACCUGAGGCGUCAGAAACGCUUUAAGUGCGAUAAGAAGCACAGCCCCAGAGAUGGUAGUGGCAAGAAGCUUUCUGAAGGUGGGUCUAGUGUGGGUUCUGCCGCCAACAGUAGCUCGGAGAGCUCUGGGGGCAACGAAUCCCCCCAUUCUAGCUCCUCACCAUGCCAAGAGCAGAAGAGGGCUCUGGUGGACCUGAAAUCCAGCCAAGGCUUGAGCCCUGACCACAACGCUUCUCCCGUGUCCCAAGCCCAGCACUUGCUGUCACAACACCAUUCAGUGUUGUCCCAUGACGCCCAGUCCCACCUCAAACCAGAACACCAUUAUUCCUUCAACCACCCUUUCUCCAUCAACAACCUCAUGUCCUCCGAACAGCAACACCAUCAUCACCACCAUCACCACAACCACCACCACCAUAAAAUGGACUUGAAAGCCUAUGAACAGGUUAUGCAUUACUCUGGCUAUGGCUCCCCCAUGGCAGGUAGCCUAGCCAUGAGCACAGUAACGAACAAAGCUGCAUUAGAGUCCUCGCCUAUUUCAAGUGACACUUCUUACUAUCAAGGUGUGUAUUCCAGACCAAUAAUGAACUCUUCCUAAUUCUAGACAACCUAAAGGACUUUU